GAGCCGGGCUCUUCCCAGCGGCAGCAACACCUCACCCCCACAUUCCAGCGUAGGAUGCCGCCCCACAAGGUCGGGCCUGAGGCCCGGGUCAUACAAUUCACCAACUGCCGCAUUCUGCGCGGCCACACGCUUCUCAGCUCUGCACUUUCAGGGAGGACCUGUGGAUUCGAGGAGGCCGAAUCCUGGAUCCAGAGAAGCUUUUCUUUGAGGAGAAGAGAUUAGCUGAUGAGCAGAGGGACUGUAAGGGCCACAUCCUGGCUGCAGGCUUCAUUGAUGUUCAGAUAAAUGGUGGAUUUGGGGUGGACUUCUCCCUGGUCCAUGAAGAUGUAGGUUCAGGGGUUGCUUUGGUUGCCAAGAAUCUCCUGGCUUAUGGGGUUACUUCAUUCUGCCCAACCCUGGUCACCUCACCACCUGAUAUUUAUCGCAAGGUUUUGCAGGGUAUGGAGGAAGAACCAUGGUUUGGGCCAUAGAAGUGUGGCCCCACCAGCCAUGCAGUUCUUCUCCUGGGAGAAGGGAGAAGCUGGGAAAUGUGUCCUUCCUAACAUCAAAGUGAGAAAUGGUAGCUCCCAAGGAGCAGGGAUCCUUGGGGUGCAUUUGGAAGGACCAUUCAUCAGUCAUGAGAAACGGGGGGCACAUCCUGAGUCCCACCUUCGCACCUUUGAGGCUGGUGCAUUCCAGGACUUGCUGAAAACCUAUGGAUCCCUGGACAAUGUUGCCAUAAUCACCCUGGCCCCGGAACUUACACGAAGUCAAGAAGUCAUCAAGGAACUCACUUCCCGAGGCAUCUGUGUGUCUGUAGGUCACUCUGUGUCUCACUUGGGGGAGGCUGAAGCAGCAGUACAGAGUGGAGCCCGUUUUAUCACCCACCUCUUCAAUGCCAUGCUGCCUUUUCAUCAUCGUGAUCCUGGCAUUGUGGGUCUUCUGACCAGUGACAAGAUCCCACCUGGACAGCAGGUUUUCUUCGGGAUGAUUGCAGAUGGGAUCCACACCAACCCUGCAGCCCUGAGGAUUGCAUUCCGUGCCCAUCCCAAAGGGCUCGUGCUGGUUACCGAUGCCAUUCCUGCCCUGGGGUUGGGCAAUGGUCGACACACAUUGGGUCAGCAAGAGAUCGAGGUAGAUGGGCUGACGUGCUGCGUGGCUGGUACCAAGACACUUUGUGGCAGUGUGGCCCCAAUGGAUGCUUGUAUCCGGCAUUUCCUCCAUGCCACAGGUUGCAGUGUGGAGAUGGCACUUGAGGCUGCAACCCUGCACCCAGCCCAGUUGCUAGGGAUAGAAAAAAAAAAAGGAACCUUGGACUUUGGCUCAGAUGCAGACUUCGUGAUCCUUGAUGACUCCCUGAAUGUCAAGGCCACAUAUAUUGCGGGGGAAAUGGUGUGGCAUGACAAGGCUUUCAGUCACUGAUGGGCUGGAUCCAGGAGAAGACUUCUCAGCUCUCAGCUAGAUGUUGCAUCGGCAUUGAAGUUGUCAGCUUCCUUGGGGUGUUAAAUAUCUGAGGGGACAGAAGUUCCUGACUCUUCUAGACCCUGCACUUGGAGGAAUACUGAGCUGAAGUCUUGGACUUGGACGUGGACUCCAUGGGAGGGCUUCUUCUGUAGUCUCCUCCCACUCCCCAGAAUAAAAUGACUAGUCCUUAUCCUGCUGCUACCACUCCUCGUUCCAUGAUAAACCACAAGAGUAUUGAUUGGGACCUUUGAUGAUCAGGCCCUGCCCUUUUAAUCAACAACACAGAUGAACAUGCA